AUGGCAAAACGCACAAUUGAAGACGUCGAGACCGAAGUGGCCGCUGCUGGAGCCGAUCUAAUCUCCAAAAAGAAAAAGAAGGAUAAGAGUGAGAAGAAAUCUAAGUCUAAGAAGGACACCAUUCCCGAGACCGUCGUCGAGGAUGCCGCACCCGCGCCUGGAACCGAGAAAGAGGAGACCAAUGGUGUGAGUGCUGAGCUAGAGAAGAAGGAAAAGAAUGAAAAGAAGGAAAAGAAAGACAAGAAAGAGAAGAAGGAUAAGAAAGAAAAGAAGAAGAAGGAGAAGAAGGGCGAAGAGAAGGGCGAAGAGAAGAGCAAAACAGUAAAUGAACAAGAAGUCGAUACUCUAACUACAGAAGAAGCGGCAGAGCCCAAAAAGUUAUCGAAAGAAGAACGAAAAGCCGCAAAGAAGGCAGCAAAAGAAGCAAAGAAGGCCACGGAAUCAAACGGUACCACCAAUGGCGCCGAAUCUCCGAAGGAGACAGUCGCUACAGAUAAAUACAAUGGUUCCACAGGGGCCCCAGCCGCAACCUCGGGGUACACUCAGAGCUCCGAGCUGACAGGCCUUCCGAAGACUACAGUUGACGAGUACCUUAAUAAACACGCCAUCUCAAUUAAUGACCCACAUUCAUCUAACCUUCGCCCAAUAACCUCGUUCUCUUACCUUCCUUCUCACACAUUCGAUUUCUCAGUCUUCUCAGCACCCACCCCAAUUCAGGCCGCGACAUGGCCAUACACUCUUUCUGGCUACGACUGUAUUGGUGUUGCCGAGACAGGAUCUGGCAAGACGCUAGCAUUCUCCGUUCCGGCAAUUCGUCACAUUGCCUCCCUGAAGACCUCAACCAAGGGCUCAAAGGGUGUUAAGGUUGUAGUUGUGUCACCCACCAGAGAGCUAGCAAUGCAGAUCUACGAGACGAUGGAGAAGUUCUCAAAGGCUGCAAAACUAAAUGCUGUCUGUAUCUACGGUGGUGUACCAAAAGACGAACAAAGACAGAAGCUCAAGCGUGCGGACAUCAUUGUAGCAACUCCCGGAAGAUUACAGGAUCUCAUCGAUGAAGGAUGUGCAGACUUAAGUCAAGUCUCAUACCUAGUCCUUGACGAGGCCGACAGAAUGCUCGAUAAAGGUUUUGAGGACGCAAUCCGCAAAAUCAUCUCUGUCACACCCACCGCUUCCCGCCAAACACUUAUGUUCACAGCUACAUGGCCCACAUCCGUUCGUGAGCUCGCGGCCACAUUCAUGAAGACCCCAGUCAAGAUCACAAUUGGUGACCGCGACGAUCUCCGCGCGAACAUCCGUAUCAAGCAGACUGUCGAAGUUAUCGAUCAACGUGCCAAAGAGCAGCGACUUCUCGCUCUCGUCAGACAACACCAGUCCGGCGCCAUGAAAGACGACCGUAUCCUCGUAUUCUGUCUAUACAAGAAGGAAGCGACAAGAAUAGAGAUCGAGAGGAUUGGAUAUCCCGAAGGAAGAGCCGGAGCUGAUGGGAUGGCUUAUACCUUCUUCACUGAGCACGAUAAGGCACACUCCGGUGCUCUCGUAAACGUACUCAAGGCAGCUGGACAGCCCGUACCGGAGAGUUUGUUGAAAUUCGGGACUACAGUGAAGAAGAAGGAGCACUCUGCAUAUGGCGCUUUCUAUAAGGAGACGGAUGGUGCGAAAGCGGCGACAAAAAUCAAGUUCGAUGACUAA